GUUAAAUUACCUUUUUUGUAAAUAUUAAAUUUAAAAACUAAACACCAUCAUACAUGUCAUGAACUGUGAAAAUAUCUUCAAGUAUCAUGAUAUGAUUUUUUUUGCCAUAUUGCUUUCUCCUAGAUGUAUUUUUUCACUGCACACUUUACAGAAUGCUCCCGUUUAAUAAAAGACCUUCUCCUUGUCCUCCACUGAUUCUUAAAAAAAGAAAGUCCCUUGCAGCUGGAUGCAGAGUGCACACUUCAUUAAGCUGCUCAGGCCCAAAUUAGAAACAAUCCUUGGAGAAUGGGUCCUAGGAAACACUGGUACGGGGCCAGAAUCCUAACAUGCUCAAUACUAAACUUCUGCUGCUUUCCCAUUAGGAUCACUUUUUAUCUUGAAGAUCUUAAAAAUGUAUUUAGACAAGAAAAAAUGUUCUUCAGACAAGAAUGUAUUUGUCCUGAAUUUCCUUGGGCAUAUAUAUAUUUUCAUACGCCAGUUCUGCAAGUCUCAGGUGUAUGACAUUAUAAACACUCCUACAGGGAGUUUUGUUUAAGAGCUCUCAUGUGACUUCCAGUACGAGCAUGUCAACUCAAAAAUGUCAGCCAGCACUUCCAUUUUUAGCCUCGUCUGUUUUAUAACUCUGGGAUUCUGUUUAUUUGAGCUCUAUCUCUGUUUCUUGUCCGCUCUGACUCACUCUGGCCACUAAGGGACAUUUCAGAGUUGAGCAGCAUGAAUCAGUGCUUAUAGCCAUGCAGAAGUCUAUAGGCGCUGAGCUGAACACAGCUCGCCACAGACAGCAUUAGGAAAGCGGGCUGUAGUGGAAAUAAUGCCGCUUGGUGCUGAUGAAUAAAAGAUAGAGGUCGAGCGUUUUUCUGACACACGUCAGCCUUGCUGAGCAAAACAGCCACCUACAUGUCUAUGUUUUUGCAUUUAUUCAUACGAACGGCGCUUUUAUUUUUAUCUGAAGUGACUUACAACUGACGCAGAUGAGAGCUAAGUGGAUUCAAGGAUCCAAGCCUGGGAUUUGAAAAGUAUUCAGAAAAGAUUCAGAUGUAAUUUCUGGCUGAAACGUUUACAUUCUUCAGUGAUGUACCCAAUAAGCCUGUCAGAACAGAUUUCACUAUUUAAAAUACCUCUUUAUUUUUAGUUCAAUUCUUUUAAUUUUACUGGCAGACAAAAAUUCAGGUUUGAGUGUUUAAUUCUACUUUUAGUCUCAUGAUGCAAGUCUGUCAACAUAGUACAUAUCACAUAUUUUUUAAAAUGAUGUAUUAAUCUAAUUAAUAACUAAUUAAUUACAAAACCAAACAAAAGAUUAUUACACGUAAGUAGUUCAGUGAAUAGUAUACAGUGUCCUGUGUAGUGUGUCUUGAUGAAUAGGAAGAAGUUUUGACCUAGAUUUGGCCUGAUGUUGAAGAUGACAGAUUUUGAAGUGGUAGCAUGCGAAAUGUAAAAUCAAAGUAUAUAUCGACGACAAGAAAAUUGGCAUUAAUGUUUAAAAACACACACACUAUGAGUAACUAUGAGAAGCAAUAUGAAGUCAUAUUACUUCAUAUUUUUACUUAUAGAUACAAUAAACAUUGAUUAAUGCAGGUGUUUAGUAUUUGACUUCUAUGGUUCAUUAUUACAAAAUAAACUAAUACGACCUUUAACUACUUCGUUACUGUAAUGCUCUAAAUAACCUUAUUUUUAAGGAAAUCUUUUAAUUUAAAGUUAGUACAUUGAUGAUGAAUUAUGAUGUUACCUUUUUUAUCAGUUUAAAUUUUAAAUGAUAUUAAAAUCUGAAUGUAAGAAUCAUGAAAACCCAUUUAAAAAAAAUAAAUAAAAUCCACAGGGAUUUAUUUUCAAGCUGCCAAGAUGAGUGCAAUAUGUGCCAAGAUGAAACUACUACUCCAUCACUGUAGUCUUGUGCCAGUUAGUAUCUGAUUAUCCUUCUUUCACAGAGCUUUUGUAGCAUUGGAGGCCUGACUUUGGCCCCUGGCGCGAGUUAAAGACUAGCGUGACGGGCAUGCUGUUUACCUCCCUCAGCCUCACAGGGCUGGCGGAGCAUGAGGCCAGCUCAAUGUUCUGGCUCCUUGGCGCUCGGGUGCGGCUAUUCCUGGCCUCGUUAUUUUGGGCUUAAGGCAUUAGGGCGCUAAGAUUAGCCUCGGUUAUCAUUCUGUCUGAGUUAACUCCUAAUAAAACCACCCACCGGAAAGGCUUUAUUUAUAAACCUCACUCUUUCUGCUGUUGCACAUGGAACUUUUUUUGUUGUUUUUUACAGAACACCUCCUUCAUCUACCUGUGUGAGAACAUCAGUUGUAGUGUUCAUGGUUGUAGAAUUUCCUGAUCAUAAUUAGGAACGGUACAUGGAUUAUGUCUCCUCAGAGCAGGCAGUUACAGGAGCAGAUGCUGGAGUCUAUUAGUAGUAAUUAACAUGGAGGUCAGUGUCGUGCUUCUGUUUUGGUGCCCGCUGCUUUUUGUGGAGUGUGUAUUUUCAGGGUGAGGGGCCCCAGGAGUCAGACUGACUAGUGGCCACUUCACACACACUUUUACUUCGGUCAUGGUUGUGUUCAGAGUCAAAUACACUUGGCUGUGAGUCAGGUACUGACAACGUGUCCCGGGCUGCAUAGUGAAGUCACAAAGAGGAUCGGAGUUGUUGUCCCCAGUGGGCAGGUCUGAGGUCAGUAUGCCGGAGUGGGAGCGGGACUCAGAGGAAUGGGAGAGGCAGCUACAGAGGGAACUCCUGCUGAUCCAGAGACAGCAGCAGAUCCAGAAACAGCUGCUCAUCGCCGAGUUUCAGAAACAACAUCAGGCUUUACUGAGGCAGCAUCAGGCUCAGCUACAAGAGCACAUCAAGCUCCAGCAGGCUUUGUUGACCCUCCGACAGCAGCAGGAAGCUCUUGCUGAGGAGCGCACGCCUGAGAUAGAGAUAGAUGAGGAGAGAGAGGAGGUGCAGGGGGAGGAGCUGGAGCGCCACAGGAGGGAGCAAUCUCAACAGCAGCACCUCAACCACAGGAAGAAGGAGCGCAGCAAAGAGAGCCUGGAUCUUUUUCCUUCAGGUGCUAUGGCCAGCACAGAGGUGCGACAAAAACUGCACAACUUCCUGCUGAAUAAAUCGGCUAAAGACACACCUCCGUCUGGUCACCCGCUCAACCAGCGAGCCAAACUCUGGUACAUCACCAGCCAGCACAUGUCCAUGGAGCAGAAGUCUCCUCCGUUAGGAGAGACGCCUCCUACAUUCAAAUCCCCCCUGCCCUCUGGCCUGGACACCAGGGAGGAGGACUUCCCCCUCAGGAAGACGGCAUCUGAGCCUAAUCUGAAGGUGCGCUCGCGGCUGAAGCAGAAGGUUUCUGAGAGGAGGAGCGGUCCUAUCCAGCGCCGAAGAGACGGGAGUGUGCUCGUCACGCCACCUAAGAAACGCCCGCUGGAGCUCAGUGACUCCUCAGCCAAUGACAGCUCUCCCAGCUCUGGGCCCAGCUCUCCCAUUGGCUUAUGCAGCAAUGAGAAUGGAACAAGCUACCAGGCCAGCUCCGCCCAAAUGGAGAAAUAUUUGCCACAGGGGGGAAUUCUGAAGGCAGACGGCUCUCUCGCUCUGUUGAACCUCUACACGUCACCUUCCCUUCCUAACCUCACCUUAGGCGUCCACUCUGGGCCUUCGCCAAUCAGUCCUGCUUCAGCAGUAAAGGACCGAGCGGGUGAGGCGAGCUCGGUGUCAUCUGCUUCACGGGAUCCGAAGGUGAACACCAGUCAUCAGGCUCUGCUGCAGCACCUGUUACUGAAAGAGCAGACCAGACAGCAGAAGAUCCUCACGUCUGGCAGUGUCUCAGUUCUCCCCCAGUCUCCUCUGGUGAUGAAGGAGCGUUCAGGAGGAGGCUCUCGUCCCAGGCUGCCUCGGCACCGGCCUCUUAACCGGACCCAGUCAGCGCCGCUUCCCCAGAGCACACUGGCUCAACUCGUCCUCCAACAGCAACACCACAACUUUGUGGAGAAACAGAAGCAAUACCACCAGCAGGUCCACAUCAACCAGAUGCUGUCGCAGUCCAUCGAGCAGCUGAGGAACCCCACCGCUCACCUGGAGGAGGACGAGGAGGCGAGAGGCCUGGAGCUCACGCUGCCCCCUGCUGGAGUCAUCCGGAGCCACAGCAGCAGCAGCAGCAGCAGCAUUCAGUUAGAGAUGAGCGGCCAGAGCGAGAACCCCAGCGCCCCAGCCAGCGUGAUCAGGGUGAAAGAAGAGCCGCUGGAUCCCGAGAGCAGGAUGGAGGAAGGAGGAAGGGAUGAAGGUGUAUCAGGGAGAAGGGAUGAAAGAAAAGAAAGAGGAGAGGAGCCGAUGAAGGAGGUCAAGUCUGAACAGAAUGUAGAGAGUAUGACUGAGACGGACGUCUGAGAAAGAGAUGAAGAAAAGAAGAAAGAAAGACAGAGGGUCAGAGAGAAGGAUAGAAAGAGAGAAUGAAUACAAUAAAAAGUUUCAGAGACAGGAAGAAUGAAGAAAAAGAGAACGAGAAGACAGAAUGUAUGAGUGCAGGAGUGUAAAAGCACCUUUUCGUCUCAAUACAGAGCUCUCCCUUUAUUCUUUUCCUCACAUUUCUCAUCACAUCCUUCUUGUCUUUUCAUUCUUUCUCUACUGAUCUUAUAUGGAGAAGAUUAAGAUCAUUACCACUGACAGCGUUAUCCCAGGCAAUAGAAAUAUUUAUAAAUGUAAUAUUAAAGGUAUGAUCAGCAGUGUGACAGAUUUUAAGGAGAGGCUCUGGCGUUGCAAAAAUAACAUUUCCACAACAUAUACAGAAAAUAUAACGUGAAAAUAUUUUGCGUUAAAAUGUACUUAUAAGGUCAUUCAGCCAAGCACAGUGGCAACAUUAGUGUUAAUGUUUUUCUUCAUUAUUAUCAAGAACAGUUUCACAAUCUAGAAUUUCCUAAAUAUGGCUAUGUUGAUUAUAUAUGCAAAUAUUUCAGCACUGAAAUGUAUUAAGAUGAAAACUAGCAUUUGCAAUCUUGCUUUUCCAAAAAGCAAACCUGAGAUUUGCAAAAUUAAUAAAAUUAGGAAUACAUCAUUUAUGGACUUAUUUAAAACAAGUAUGUCCAUACUGUAUAUGUAAUGCAUAUCUUCUAGUUAACUGUAAUAAGUAAGCUAUUUGGGAAUUUCAGUUUUCCAAAGGGUCUGAUCUGGGAAUGUUAGGAAUGUAAUUUCACUCAUACAGCUACGAUCGCAAGGACUUUUCAGUAUCCGUCAGAAGCACACUGAUACACAAAUGGGAAAGAAAUGAAAGGAAAAGUUUUCUUCCAAAAGAUUUUCCCUCAGUUGGUGUUGUGAUGGUGGUGAAGAGCUCCAAAAUCCCCUAUAGGUGUUCAAUGGAGUUGAGAUCAGGUAAGUGUGAAGGCCAUAGCAUAUGAUUUACAUCAUUUUCAUCCUCAACAAACUAUUCAGUGAGCCCUCGUGCCCUUUGGAUGUGGGGUGGAGUCAUCCUGGAAGAGGCCACUCCCAUGAGGAUAGAAAAGAAUCUAGAAAGAAGUACUUUUAUUGAUUUUUCGUGAUGAUUUUCUCUAAGAGGAGAAGUGGAGCCAAGCCAUGGCAAUAAAAAUAAAUAAAUUCCCUACAGCAUACCAGAGACGGAGGAUAGAGAUUGAUUUUUGGGUGAACUGUACAAAGUUUGUGCAUAGUACGAGUGUGCCAAACUGUUGUUAUAGACUUUUGGAUGUGAGCUGACCGCUUUAAUUAGUUUCUCCUCCAUCCUCCGUAAUAUCCGUGUGAAUGACGAAACAUUUCUUCUAUUUGCUGACGCAUGUCAAAAAAAGUUAAAUCAACCCAUCAAAAAUGUUUGUCUCCGGUGGAUCUUAGAGUGUAAAUUUUCCACGUUGCUAUGUGCCAUAUUGUGUGUUCUCUGCCAACACAACAUUUUCAUUUAAAUCAGCAGCGAAAGGUGCGAUUAUGACAGAUAGCAAAAUGUCCUUGUGAACGCAGCCUAACAUUUCUGUUUUAAUGUUCCUUCCACUUAAAAAAGUUUCAGCAAAUUUGUAGGAAAGUUUCUAAAUGUUGAGUAAAAAGUAAAGAACGUUGUGAAAACACUGAAAAGUUUCUAAAACUGGAACAUUCAGAAAAUGUUCUGCCAACCUGAAAAUAUUUGCUGGGAUGCUGGCAAUGCCAUCUUACUGUGAUCAAUCUCUCUCUCUCUCGCUCUCUCUCUCUCUCUCUCUCUCUCUCUCUCUGAGAAGUGACACUGAUACACACACAUGACAGUCUGCCACUGAUUUAUACUGUUGUGGUCUCUCUUUCAUAUGUAUAUUGUUGUGCAUAAUAUAGAAAAGCCAUGACCUCCAAAAUUUCAUUUUUACCAGCCAGGAUUUUCAGCGUCUGUGUAAAAAAAAAACCCUGAUAGUGAGCUUUUCUGUUUUUUCUGUUUGUAAAUGUACAUAUAAGAACUGGGGCGAGUGUCUUUUGUUUCCAUUUUGCUGAUCUUAAUUUAGUCCCUUGUGCUGUUAAACAUGUCGAGUGCAUUCUGCCACGUUUGCCUUUAAAGUGAGCCGCCAAACCUGCAACCAUUUGAGUGUCCUUUCUUACAUUUUACAAAUUGUGCAGUUUAUUCAUCUGAACACUGGGACUAUUUGUUGAAAAUUGUACAUUUUACGUUUAUUAUUAUUAUUAUUCUGUGUAGUUUAAUUAAACUGAUCUCAUCCAA